AUGGCGUCAUCUCACCUCGUCAACGCGCAGCCCAUUCCGGCAGACUCCAUCUACGGUAUUGCAGCUCGGGCCAAGGCCGACCCUGCACCAGUGGCCAACCUGAACGGCAAGCCGUGGAUCCUGCCGUCAGUGGCAGCGGCCAAGGCAGCAGCUGCUGCCGACGACACGGUCAUCCACGAGUAUCUGCCCAUUCGCGGUGACACUGCUUUUACUGCUGCUGCUGCUCGCUUCAUCUUUGGCGCAGACUCGCCCGUCGUCGACAGUCUUGUCUCCGUCCAGACGCUCUCGGGCACCGGCGCCCUGCGCGUCCUCGCCGAGCUGUUCAAGAUCCUCGCCCCCGCCGCCCCGAUCUACCUCCCCGACCCGACGUGGGGCAACCAUGUCAAGGUGCUGUCGCGGACGAACCCGGACGCAGACAUCCGCACCUACCGCUACUUUGAUGCCGCCACCCGCGGCCUCGACGCCGACGGCAUGCUCGCAGACCUCCGCGCCGCCCGGAAGGCGCCAUCGUUCUCUUCCACAUGUGCGCCCACAACCCGUCGGUGGGAGGCCAUUCGCGACGUCUGCCUCGAGCGCGGCCUCUUCCCCUGGUUCGACGCCGCCUACCAGGGCUUUGCCUCGGGCGAUCCCGACGCAGACGCCGCCUCGCUCCGCCUCUUUGCCGCCGCCGGCAUCGACCUCGUCGUCGCUCAGAGCUUUGCAAAGUCUGCCGGCCUCUAUGGCGAGCGCGUCGGUGCUGCUCACGUCCUCACCCACGCUGCAGACGCCCGCCCGGCGCUCAUGACUCAGCUCGAGGGCAUCAUCCGCCCCAUGUACUCGUCGCCGCCGCGCUACUUUGCCAGUGUUGUCCAGUACCACUUGCCGGACGCCUUUGGCGUGGGGGUGGCAAGCAGCCACCUCGCUGGCAUUGGCAGCGGACUCUCUGCUCUCAGCCUGAGCCCUGGUGGCACAAGCGGUGGCGACAAGAGACAGCUCGAGCGGGCGAGUGGGGCUCUGGACGCAAGUUCGCGGUUUGUGGGCGCCGCUGAGGUUCUUGCCAAUCACGCCUCCCAGCUCUACGCGCAAGAGAGUACCCUUCUACCGCCGGAGCCUGGAUACGAGUUCUGUGUCGUCGACGGCGACGUGCGCGUGGCGCCGACAGAGCAAGACCGAAGAGUCCCGACGGUUGCGAUCUUUCCCGGCGCAGUCGCCAAGCCGGGCUCGCUCACUGAGGCGUUGUCGAGCAUGAGAGCCGACUCUGUUGUGCUGCGCGGGCGGGCUAGCGUUGCGUGCGCAAAGCUGGGCACGACAGCAGACAAGCUGCGAAAGACAGCGUCCGGGCUGGCCAUGCUUCUCGACGCAGCCAUUGCGCGGUUGUCGACUGGGAUCGCGCUGUUCGAAGAUGGGCUGUCUCAGGUGGCGGUUGCAGCAGAGACGGCGUCUCUGGCAGCGCACGGCGCUCGUGUUGACAAGGACGACCUGACACUGGUGGGUGAGCUCCUUCGUGACCCGUCUGUAGCUAACGCCAUCAGCGGGCUCGCGAGCGAGGUCUCGGGCUCGCUCGUGUUUGCGGUGGCUGCGGCAGAAGACGCGACGACGCUCACGCCGACGCCGCAGUUUCAGGCCAUCAUCGACGAGUUCUACAAGCCUGCUAUCGGGUCGAUGGUGCGCUUCUAUGCGCAGUAUGGGCUCAUUUGCGCCACGACGGGCGUGGUGCCGUACACCGACGAGCGUGACGCGGCGGUCGUCAUUGUCCCGCGAGGCAACUUUGUCAUCACUGUCGCCGUCCGCCGCGGCAUCUACCAGUACACCUUCUACUGGGACAACACACCCCAGGGCGGUGGCAUCCGCCCAUUCCCGGCCUUUAACGACACGUACGUCCGCGACGACCUUAUGGAGAUCUCGGCUUUUGGCGAGGAGGCGCCGUCGGCGGACGGCCGGCUCCAUUCCCCGCUUACGACGCUGGUACAGAGCUAUGUUGCGCUGCGCGAGGCCGAAGCACGCGAGGCUGAAGCAGCAUCGCGGGCAGCUGCACUGUCUUUCGCCCUCGAGUCGGCUCCAGGGCCGCCGUCAGACCUGCUCACCGAUGCUCAGCGCGCGCAGGCAGUGACGGUGGUCGAAGGCUACUAUGCCGACGCUUCGCGCGGUGGCGUGGCUGCCAUCGAGACGCAGCUCUCCAACGCCGAGCUCAUGGAACGACUGCGGACCAUUCACGCCGAGGAGCUGCCUGAGCACUUGCGCCAACUCGAGGCAUCGACGCGGACGACAACGCCUCUGGGGCGGCUGCUGUGUGAGCGGAUGCUGGCUGCCGAGUACGACACCUGUCUUGCUCCGGGGCACGCCAUGAACUGGACGGUGGGCGAGCUGCUCCAUGGGGCAUGGUGGACGUGGUCUGCGGCGAGCAGUCUCUACUCGCGAGCACAACAAGCUACAUCGGGAGUCUUGGGAGGGGCGGUCGGUCCUGUCCCGCAGGUGUACGGCGAGGUCUUUGACGCUGUCACGGGCGAUCUCGCUAACGCCAGCGCUGGCGGUGCGGUGUCCGCUGUUUGA